UAUUUUUUUUCUUUUCUUUUUUUUUUUUUUUUGUGUGAUCUGAUAUGAUUAGCUGAUAGUAAAUCCAACUUGUGACGUCCAAAGGGGGGUUUAAUUUCACUUUCUUGUAAUCGCCUACAUUGGUACUGUUUUUACAUGCAGUCUACGUUGAGUUGUGAAUUUUAGUAUAGCUCUCCAAAAAUGCAUAAAAAAAUUAUUAUUUUAUCAUUAUUCCACAACAUUUUUACUCAAUUCACAAAUUCUAAAUCUAUCUUCCUCACUACUAGCAAGCUUUAAGCCUGUAAUUUGCAUAUCUUUUCAUUCAUUUUAAUAGAUAAUCCCAGGGCGUUAUUUUACAGUAUGGCAUACUGUAUGAUAAACAGAGGUCUUACCAUGACAGAGGCUAAAUUCCUGUAACUCACCACAGUGUGGAAAGGUCAAAUAACAGCCAUAUUUUGAGAUUACUGUGAAAUUAUUAAGUCUUCCAUAAAUCUACAUUAGGAAUUGGCACAAAACCUCAUGAGAGUGCCAUAUAUUUAUUAAUCACACUUUGGAUAGAUAUUACAGUCAUUAAUGUAAAACCAUACUUCGUGUAUAUGGUGUUUUUAGCAUACAUUAUAUAGCUCUGUAGUAUUUUUAAUUAAAAAACCCUUAGAUUGAUUUGAAACAUGCAUCUGCCAUUGUUUGCUAUUUGGCUGACUGAACCAAAUGUUACCAUGGUGUGUCACAAUAAUGGUGUGAAUGAAGUAUACUUCAAUGACUGUGUGAAAGGAAGCAUAAGACAGAAAGUAUGAUAGAACGAAUCAGUCAAAAGAAUUUACCACCUGUAAAAAUGGUACCAAAGUGAUGUUACAUAAAAGGGGCAUUUCCUAAAGAGUAGUUUUUACAAAUACCCAUGGGAAAACUGUAAAUUAACCUCAAGUCAUACUGUCAUCAGGAACUCUUUAGCCUAUAUUAAAAGUUGAUUUAAAGGUGUUUCCGAGAGGUUAAUUGUGGUAAUUUUUUAGGGAAGCUUUCAGUGGGACUGUUGAGCAGCAGAUGGCAUACUCUAUGUAAGGCCUCAUUUAUUUCACCAUUUAAAUGCUCAUACGAAAAAGAAAAAAAAAAUACGAUUUCUAAUUUCCGUAAAGUUUCUCCCAUGAUGCUGUCUCUUAAAAUUGGAAUAGAGGAUUGGGGUUUCUUGGAGUUAAAGCCACUUAAAGUUAUAACUCACAAGAAAAGACGGUCAAAACAGUAAAACUGCUGUAAAUGUGUACAUAUGCUCAAAGCAGCAGCCGUUGGUUGGUAAUGAAGGUGGCGCAUGGGGUGAUGCGUGUCGUUUGUAACUGUCAGUUUGUAUUCUGGAGGGCCCGAGCUGGCGAGACUUGAUGAAUGUGGCACCCCUAGAAGGCCGCUUAUAGAUGCGGCUAACCUUCAAAAGCUGCGGGGAAAAAACGGCAGACGUGAUGCAUAAAAACAUCAGCGAUGGCCGGAUGCAUCAGAAGCAGAAAAUCGGCUGAUGAAGAAACUGUUUUCUUCAUACAAUGUUAAAGUGCGUCCCGCAAGGAAACCAGAGGAAAGGGUCGUUGUGAGGAUAGGCAUGACCCUCUCAUCAUUUCUCAGCCUGAACAUGAAAGAUGAGGAGAUGAACACUAUUGUUAUUAUGAACUUGGAGUGGAACGAUUAUCGCUUCUCCUGGAACCCAAAAGAGUUUGGGGGAAUUGAUGUGUUGCGUAUCCCGUCUGGAAAAGUGUGGCUUCCUGAUAUUGUUCUCAUCAAUAACAAUGAUGGCGUGUUUGGUGUAGCUCUACAGGUCCAUGUGCAGGCUUACAGUAACGGCCGUGUGACGUGGACCCCACCAGCACUUUACAAGAGUUCCUGCGGGGUCAAGGUGACAUACUUUCCUUUCGACUGGCAAAAUUGCACCAUGGUUUUCCGCUCAUAUACAUAUGAUUCCUCAGAAGUGGAUCUGCAGCAUGGCCUUGAUAAGAGAGGAAAUGAAAUCCGGGAGAUUGUCUAUGACACAGGCUUUAGUGAGAGUGGUGAAUGGCAUAUUCGUCACAAGGUUUCUAGGAAGAAUGUGCGAGAGGACCUGUAUGAGGACAUCACCUUCUACCUGAUCAUCGAGAGGAAGCCCAUGUAUUACGUGUUUAACAUCAUCCUGCCCUGUAUCCUCAUCACCAUCAUCGCCAUUUUUAACUUCUACUUGCCACCUGAUGCGGGGGAGAAGAUGGGUCUUUCCAUCAACGUACUGCUGACUUUAACUGUCUUCCUGCUUCUGCUUGCCAACAAAGUCCCAGAAACAUCUCUGGGUGUUCCCAUUAUUGUCAACUACUUGAUGUUCACCAUGAUCCUGGUCACCUUUUCUGUCAUCCUCAGUGUAGUGGUGCUCAACCUUCACCAUCGCUCCCCCAACACACACCAAAUGCCCCUCUGGGUGCGCAAGAUCUUCAUCCACAUGUUGCCUCCAUACCUGGGGAUGCUGCGGCCUAAAGUGGAGACCCCUCUUUUUCUUGAGAAACCUGCCAAAAAGGAGAACAUCCAAGCCAUCAGCAGAGUGGCCGAUGAGUACUUCAUCCGCAAGCCCAACAACACCAACUUCCUCUUCCCCAAACCCCACAGGUACCAGCCUGAUGGACCGUGCACCGACCUGAGGAAGUUCAUUGACGGCCCCAGUCAUUACCUCACCCUUCCUCCAGAUCUCAAGGCAGCCGUGGAGGCCAUCACGUACAUCGCAGAGCAGCUGCAGGCAGAGAAAGAUUACGAGGCUUUAAAGGAGGACUGGCAGUAUGUCGCCAUGGUGGUUGAUCGACUCUUCCUCUGGAUCUUUGUGAUUUUUACCACCCUCGGGACACUGGGCAUUUUUGCUGACGCCAGCUUCAAUGCCACACCGACUGACCCCUUUCCCUAAAUCUGACAGUUGUUCUUUCUAGCCCUAAACUUUUCGACUCAAUAACACUGGCAUGAGAAGGGUUAAACACUGAUGUGUAUUUAAUGCACGAGUAUGGUCUUUUACUGCAACACAAAGAGCACAGCAAUUCAUUCACACAAUAUUUCUGUUGUUAAUGCAAUGGAUAGAUGUAAAAAAUGGCUUUACUAUCACAGAGUUUAGUGGGAUUUUUUAUUAUAAUACAUUUUUUGCCAUUUUUAAAUUAUGCAGUUCCUCUUUUUGCUUUUCCAUUAGCAGUACAACAGUGGCUUUCUCAUUAACUUUGUGUUUUACUCAUUAGUAAUUGAGUUUUAAAUCAGUGUUUUUUGUUCUGGUUUUUGCCUACGAGAUUGUUGUGUGCAUCACGUAAUGUUACUGUAAUAUAUCUUUCUUUAUUGUUCCAGUUAAAUCAGUUUUUGCACAUAUGCAUUAUUGUUUUUUAAAUUAACUCAGUUUGGCUCACCUGCUCAGAUUUAUAUUUUUUCUUUGCACUGCAUUUUUCAUCAAAUAAAUGCAGCCUUGGUGAGUAUAUACAUGAAGUUUUUCAAAAACUCAAACUUUUAAACGGUAGUGUAUUUGCAUUUAUGAAUAAUGUGUAAGGAAUUGCUCUGAUACUGCAGUGUGAUGUGUGGAGGCUAUUCUAGUCACUAUAGUGACCGCUUUUUUAAGGAAACUUCUGUGUGCUGAAUAAAGAGUAAAGAGUGUGUUC